AUCAUACCCGAUCAGAUAUAUCGCUAGUCGAUCGGUAGCCAGUCUCGAUCAUAUUACGCCGUACUGGAUGUUCUGCUGAAGGUUGUGAAAGGGUAGAAGAUCGUAAAGAAACAUGGGGAAGCACUUUGGUGAAUUAGCAAAGGUGCGUGGAAUCAUACAUUAUAGGCUGUCACCCUUUGAACAGCGAGCAUUUGCUGGAAUUUUAAGUGGUGGGCUGCCCAACCUUUUUAACAGGAUACGAGAUAACAUCUUCAGAGUUGCACCACCCUUCAUCAUUGGUUAUCUGGUGUAUGACUUUGUGGAGAAGAAACAUCUGGAAACGUUGAAGAAGAACCCAGCUGACUUUGAAAAUGACGAAUAAUUAUGAUUUUACUUGUAGGCACUUGUAUUAAAGCUUGUAAAUAUUAGCACAAUAAAAAUCUAAAAUGCUGA